ACAUGACUCCUGCAUAAGGUGUUUUUUAACAUCUACCCAGAUUAGUCUAGCAUACUGUAAGCAGUGAGGCUAUAAGUUGGGCAUGGAUAUAAUGAUUUAUCUGAAAGAAAUUCUGCAACUUUCUCUCAUUAUUAAUAAAAAUAAUCAUUUUGUUCCCUGACCAUCUACUUGUACCGAUAGAUAUUACCUUAGAAUAAUCCCUUGAAAUCGAAAGAUUUUUUGAUGGCAAAUAUAAUAGGAAAUCCUCAAAACAAGGUAAGUCAUUCUUGGAGCACGCACUGGAAGUCACAUAAUGUCUUACAGCGUUGUGCUGGUUUGACAGCAAUAAAAAACAUUGAAAAUAAUGAAAAAGUUACACAAAGUUCUGUAGGUUCAGAUCAUUAGUAGUUCAGUAUGCAAAUCUCAAUGACUUCAGGUAGAAGGUAAUUAAUAGCGUAACAUCAUAAUCCGCAAUGAGCUGGCAGUUUCCCAACAUUCAUGUGCUACAUCACGUGUUUCUCUCUGGAUGGUAUAUAUAUUGAAAACUAUGGAGGGUUUUGAGACAUGGUAAUGGUUCCGAAGGAGGAGCAAGUCCAAGAUCGAAGGAGCAGGAUGGUAUAUAUAUAACCUUCAUAAUCUUAAUUGUUUAUUUGCUCAUGUUGGGAUCCAUAUAGAUAUUACCUUAUUCUUAGGUGAUAUCCUUCGCUUUGAUGUUUUCAUAAUCUUAAAAUAUGGUGAUGUCCUUUUCAAGAAUAGGGUUUGCAGUAUUUAGAGCUUAUUUCUGCUCUUUUAGUGUUUGAUGAAUUAUCUUCCUUGUUCUGUUGAGAGUUGUUAGGCACAUGAUACUUUAAUAACAAGGUUGUUAUGGUUGAUAGGCUCCAUUUGGUUUUUGAGAUCACUGUAUAGGCUUGUGAUGAACUUUUCCAUAUUUGCUAGAUGUUCUUUAUUUACAGAAUUCCUUACUUUGCACUCUGUAAUCUGCAUCUUGAGGCGAAAGAAAUUGUCAUCGUCGAUUAGAAAGUUCAGAUGGGGUGUGUGCCAUCUGAACACAAAGGGUGUUGUAACAUAGAAGUUUGUUUUUUAUUUUCAGAUGCCAUUUUGUUUUAGCGUUCUUUAUUCUCUCAUAUAGGGAUUGAUAUAGAGAUUGCCUUAUUUUUAUGUGAGAUGUUUUGAAUCCAUUUGUAACCUGUAGUAAGUGAAACCCAGCGCUAGGAUUUGAUUUGAAGUUGGACCAGACCUGCAACUUAGUUAGCCUAUAGUUAAAUAUGAUGUCUACUCCUGCUGUGGGGAUAACACUUAUUAAUCAGCAUCUUUGAGUCCAUAUUAUGCUUUCCACUAAACAUUUUUGUAGUUUGGGUUUAUCUUAUCAUUUCUAUGUAUGAUGGUCACAGAAUGUAGUUGAUGAUUUAUUUAUUUAGAUAAUCAUUUGGAGAAACCAAAACCAUGAUUUUAUUAUUAUUAUUUAUAAUAAUAGUGAAGGACUUUAAUCUCUAUUACUUGUUAUUUAAGCAAAUAUUUCGUAAAACUAUAAUGUUAAGGGAUCCCAAUUUAACUUAAAUAAAGUAACAUGAGUUAAAAGGAUAGAAGGUGAUUAUUGAUUUAAGUGAUUUGGAGAAGGUGGUUCUUUUCCCGACAAAAUUCCUCCUCCUGAGAAUGAUGUGGCUUCGGGAAGAAGGUAAUGUUUCUCUCUAGAUUCUUCCGUCUUUCUAUCUGGUUUUAUGCUGUCAUGACCACAUCCCCAAGAUCACAACUUAUAGAAGCCAUCCCUACUGCACUUAACCUACUCGCUACAACCAACAUCACAAACCCCACACACACACAAAGGCUAGUUUAGACAUCACAACACUGAUCACAAGAAGGUAAUCAACUGGAUGUCUUGUGGCAAAUGGAUGGACGUUGCAUUGCAAUUGUAACACUGUUCCACGGUAACCGUAUUCACAUCUCACGUGACUCGAUUCCCAAUACAAGCACAAGCACAAUUGAUAGCCGGUAACAACCUAUGUGCCAAUUUUUUUCUCUUAUCCUAUGUGCAAUACUGUGUCCAUAAGAUCUGCCAAUGCAGCUGGACACUUUCAAAAUCUUAGAUCCUAAAAACAAAUCAGGACUUUCUUGUACUCAUAAAUGGGUAUUGCAAAAAUAUUGGUUGCUGAAUUAACAACUUAUUAAAAAUUUCUUUGAUUUCAAGUAGAAUUAACAAUUUAUUAAAGAUAAAUACUUUCAAAUUGAAAAAACAACAACAGUUAAGUCUACUUCUUCUGCCUAUGAAUAAACGACUCACGGGUUGAUAUGAUGUUGUAACGACUUAAUAGCAGCAAUAAUGAAAUGCUAACGUAACCAACGAAGGUAUCAGCUAAUCUUGAAUAGCAGUGAUGAUAACAUCAAUGGCAAUAUACAAAGGUAGCAUCAUUAUGAUCACAUGGUCAGUGUUUCAGACUGUACAUGGGUUUUUGAUUGUAUUAAUGAUAUUAAUACAAAAAUUCUAAUAAUAUCAGAAUGAAAGGUUCUAUUUUUGAAUCAUAAAAAUUUCAUUAAUUAUUUGAGCGGGUCUCCCGCACGUGACGUUCGACUCGGGUCCAUUGGUACAUUACUGCAUCACGUGCUUGCUUCAUUCAUCUCGUGCUCCGGUGCUCUCCUCGUACUUGAACUAACCGUCGAACCUACUCGUCUCCUCCUCCCUCAGCACCCUCAAUAUGCCUUUCCAUGCCAACCACCGCCAUGGCGGAGACAAAACCCAUACCUUUCCUCUCGUCCUCUUCCUCCCUUCGUGGCCUUCAGUUCCGGAGAACCGAUGCUGCUUAAAGGAAAGAUCAGGCUCCCUAACACCAUCGUCCCGCGCUUUCCUGAUCGAAUCAAACCACCCGAGAAGAAGAAGAAGGAGGAGGAGGAUGAUGACCAUGACGAAGGAAGAGAGGAGGAGGAGCUCCGAACGUUUCAGGUUGGUGGAGGAGGAGGAGGAGAAGAAAGAUCUGAAGGGGAAAUAUGGCCGGAUGACGGUGACGAGAACUGGACGGUGUUGAGGGCCCACCACAGGAUCAAGAUCGACAUCGGCAGGGAGGUUUCAUGGGAUAAGCGGUCCGAUUUGGAAUUCGAGCUUUCCCAGAAAGUAGUAAAUUUAGAAGCAUUGCGAUCGAUAGCUUCUUGUGGUCAUCUUGCUGAAGAGUUUCGGUCAAUUGUCUGGAAGUUAUUGUUGGGUUAUUUACCUGCUGAAAAAGAUUUAUGGAAAGGAGAACUGGCCAAGAACAGAUUAAGAUACGCUGAACUGAAAAGAGAGCUUUUACUAAAUCCAUCAGAAUUCUUGAUCAAGGAGGACGAGACAUCAAAUUCAAGUAUGCCAGGUCAGGACAAUGAAGCUGGUGGACUACUUUGUCGACGUGAAAUCUCAAAUGGGGACCAUCCUUUAUGCCUUGGUAAUGGUAGCAUCUGGAAUCAAUAUUUCAAGGAUGCAGAGAUUGUUGAGCAAAUUGAUCGUGAUCUUCAUCGGACGCAUCAAGAUAUAAAAUUUUUCUCAGGAGAUUCCUCAUUUAGCAGAAAGAACCUUGAAGCUAUGAGGAAUAUUCUUCUCCUAUUUGCAAAACUGAAUCCAGCAAUUGGUUAUGUGCAAGGAAUGAAUGAAGUGUUGGCUCCACUAUACUAUGUAUUUCGUAUGAAUCAAGAAGGGGAGGAUGCUUCAGAAGCAGAAGCAGACAGUUUUGAAUGUUUUGUUCAACUAUUGAGUGGUUCUGUGGACCAUUUUUGUCAACAAUUAGAUAAUAGUUCUGUGGGAAUUCAUUCUACACUCUUGCAUUUUUCUGAGCUUUUGAAAGCCAAUGAUGGAGAGCUUUGGCGACAUCUUGAUGCUUCUAAGAUGAAUCCCCAGUUCUAUGCAUUCAGGUGGAUUACCUUACUAUUGACCCAGGAAUUUGAACUCUCAACUAUCAUGAGGAUUUGGGAUUAUCUUCUCAGUAAUCCCUCUGGUGUGCAGGAGAUCCUACUGAGAGUCUGUUGUGCCAUGUUGCUAUGUGUUAGACAUGAACUUCUAAGUGGCGAUUUCGUAUCAAACUUGAAACUUCUCCAACAUUACCCUGAAGUUGACCUGGAACAUGUAUUGGAUGUAGCUUCUCAUCUGAAGACUCCCAUAUCGAGUUAUCAGCCUUACGGCAUCGUUUAGUAGUGUCAAAGAUCUUCACAAAGACAUGGACUAUUCUGUUUGCCGCGCAUUUGUCUUUAGUAGGUCUGGUCGUAUGUACUAGCAGUCUGAGUGUUUCAAACUUGCUGCUGCAAUUCACCAGAGAUGUGUAUGACCGAGCAAAGUGGCAGUAUUAUGUAUCUGAUGCCGAAUCCAAUCUAAAUAAUUUUCCUCGUA